GUACAUACCUACUAUGCACAAUGUAUCUCAUGGUGUAGGUUCGUUCCUUCGAAAGAACGCAACGCACCACACAUUAGACCGGUGUUAAAUGUCACAUACAUCAGCUGUUUUCAAGUUUUUAAUGCUAUCAGCUUUAGUUCGAAAUAUUCAUCUAUUAGGGUGCAGUACAAUGAGUAAUAUCUCUGGAAUACACUCAGUAGCUUACGUUACAGUACCGUCUAACGAAGUUGCGAAAAAUAUUUCUCGUGGUCUCGUCAAAAAUAAAUUAGCUGCCUGCGUCAACAUCAUACCCCAAAUCACUUCAAUAUACGAGUGGAAAGGGGAAAUUAACGAGGAUCAAGAAAUACUCUUAAUGAUCAAAACCAGAACUGAAAUUGUUGAUGCACUAACUAAAUUCAUCAAAGAAAAUCAUCCGUAUGAAGUUUGCGAAGUCAUAUCUUUGCCUGUAAAUAUCAGAUUCACAAUGGAAACAAACAGUACUUAGAUUGGAUCAGCGAAACUGUCCCUACAAUUGCCCAACGAGAAUCUGGUCAAAAUUCUUAACGUAUUGUUAGAAACCUGGAAUUAAGCAUGGAUAAUAUAAGGAUGUGUAAGAUAAAUUGGGUGAAAUUUUUUUGUGUGUGAAAAAAUAAAGAUUCGUUUAUUAUUGGUUCAGCAA